AUGCUUCAAAAGAGACGUAAUCUGAUUCAUUCAGCCCCCGUCGAGAUUCCCGCACACUGUGUUCUCCGAGGUUGUGAUAGUCUCGGACACAUUAAUGGCAUCGACCAGAACCACAUUACACUUUCGGCCUGUCCGCAAUUUCAUAACGUUUCGGUUAAUUAUUUCCGUGAAAUGCGAGAGCGAGAGGAGGGCUUAGCCCCUGGCAAGGUGAUGCCAGCUCGCAAAAUAACACCUGGAAAGCAACCUGUCAAAAUUCGCGAACCCAAGUUAGACGACCUAGCCUCCAGUGUACAGAUAUACCAAUUUCGUCGCGCACAGCAAAAAAUGCUAUCGGAUAAGGAAAAAGAAGUUCAUGAACAUUUAAUAACUCAAGUCAAGUUGCGUGAGAUGGAGAUGGCUUCCAAGCCACUUAAACAGCAGCCGGUAACUCUCACCACACCUCUUCCCCCCUCUGAAUCGAUCAGCUAUUUGGAGCACAACAUCAAAACGAUCGUGUUUGGCGAGUGGGAGAUGAAUACGUGGUACACGAGCAUGUAUCCCCCUACUGUUGCCUGUCUCCCGCGCAUCUACAUUUGCGAAUUCUGUCUAUCCUACAUGCCAUGCAACGUGGGCUACCGCCGCCACAGACUUCGUUGCAAGAGAAAGUUUCCUCCUGGGAAUGAAAUUUACCGCAAAGAUGGGCUCUCUUUCUUUGAAAUCGACGGCGCACUGCAAAAAGAAUACUGUCGCAACCUGUGCCUCCUGGCCAAGUUGUACCUAAAGCAGAAGACGGUCUACGAGGUUGAACAGGUCCCAGCCUUCCUCUUCUACGUUCUUACCGAAGCCAAGGAAACUGGUUGUCACAUUGUUGGCUAUUUUUCGAAGCACAAAGCCGAGGAACAAGCCCUGCCACCAGCAACCUUUAACAACCUCUCCUGCCUGCUUAUACUGCCGCACUACCAGAGACAAGGAUUCGGACGCAUGCUCAUCGAGUUCAGUACGUUUUGUCUGUCCGUAACCUAG